UCCAUUGAUCAUCUUUUCGUCCAUCAGUGCGGUCGAGUCGGCGCUCGAGACACAGUGGUGCUCCGCGGUUCGGUCAUAUGCGAGGCUAACAGUAUUUUCGCUUUUAUCCUUUCAUUGUCUGCACGCCGCGUAUAGUUUUCCCGUGCCCAGUUUUUUCCAACCAAACGGCAGUCGCAUUUUCCUGCAUUUAGAAGCCGCAACGAGCCAACGAUGAGACUACUAUCGGCAUUCGCGCUGGUGCUUGCGUUCGCCACCGUGGCGCUUGCAGAGGAAGAGGUCAAAACCGAAGAUGGUGUGCUGGUUCUGACUAAAGACAACUUCGAUUCCGUCAUCGCCAACAACGAAUUCGUGCUCGUAGAAUUCUACGCUCCUUGGUGUGGACAUUGCAAGGCUUUGGCUCCGGAAUAUGCUAAGGCCGCUAAGGUGCUAGCCGACAAGGAAUCCCCCAUCAAGCUUGCCAAGGUUGAUGCCACCGUCGAACCAGAACUGGCCGAGAAGUAUGGAAUCCGUGGAUACCCGACGCUGAAAUUCUUCCGCAGUGGAUCCCAAGUCGACUACACUGGUGGACGCGAACAGGACACGAUUGUGUCGUGGUUGGAGAAGAAGACUGGUCCCGCUGCCAAGGAGCUUGAAACGGUCGAGGCUGCGGAGGAAUUCCUGAAGGAAAACAAUGUAGCUGUGGUUGGAUUCUUCAAGGAUCGCGAAUCGAAGGAAGCCAAGGCAUUCAUGGCGACGGCCGUCGCCGUAGAUGACUAUCCGUUCGGUGUGACGAGCAGCGAGGAAGUGUACGCCAAGUACGAAGCCAAGUGUGGUUCGGUUGUUCUGUUCAAACAUUUCGAUGAAGGAAAGGCUGUAUUCGAAGGCGAAGCUACCGAGGAGGCCCUGAAGAAGUUCGUCACUGCCCAGGCACUGCCUCUAAUUGUUGACUUCAGCCACGAAACUGCACAAAAGAUCUUUGGCGGAGAGAUCAAGAGUCAUCUGUUGUUCUUUAUCUCGAAGGAAGCCGGACACUUGAAGGAGUACGUCGAACCGGCCAAGGAGGUGGCUAAGAAGUUCCGCGAACAGAUCCUGUUCGUGACGAUCGAUGCUGACCAGGAGGACCAUACGCGCAUCUUGGAGUUCUUCGGCAUGAAGAAGGAUGAGGUUCCGUCGCUACGCAUCAUUCGCCUGGAGGAAGACAUGGCUAAGUACAAACCCCCAACGAAUGACCUGUCCGCCGAUAAGAUACUUGAGUUCGUGCAAUCGUUCCUGGAUGGCAAGGUGAAGCAGCAUCUGCUGUCUCAGGAUUUGCCAGAGGAUUGGGAUAAGGAGCCGGUUAAGGUGCUGGUGGCCACCAAGUUCGAUGAGGUUGUUUUCGAUAAGACCAAGGAUGUGCUGGUUGAAUUCUAUGCUCCGUGGUGCGGACACUGCAAGCAACUCGUUCCGAUCUACGACAAACUUGGAGAGAAAUACAAGGAUAGCGAUAGCGUAGUCAUCGCCAAGAUCGAUGCCACUGCCAACGAGCUCGAACAUACCAAGAUUUCGUCGUUCCCGACUAUCUAUCUGUACCGAAAGGGUGACAACGAGAAGGUGGAGUUUAAGGGCGAACGCACGCUGGAAGGUUUCGUUAAGUUCCUGGAUGGCGGAAAGGAUGAGCCAGAGGAGGAGGAGAAGGAAGACACACCGACGAAGGACGAGCUAUAAGCGAAGGAAGAGAGUGGGCCUUGAAUAGCACGAAUACCACCAGUGUUUGCCCGCAAAUGUUAAGCUACACGCUGAAAAAAACACACACACAUACACACAAAAGUAAAUGCAUUAAUACCGUAAUAAGCUACACAAAUAUUCUAAGUCCAAAAUCACACCAUCAACAAAAUGGCAAACAUGUUUCCGUGUAACGUAAUUCGUCAUGCCGCAUAUGUACGUCAGUGAAACCUCCAAUUGCAAAUUUAACAGAAGAGAAAGCGUGUGCAUAAUAGUAAUGUAAAACUUCGCAAAGAGACUGUAAUAUACUAUAUUUUAUGAUGAAACCUGUAAGACGUUAGACGAAGCGAUAUAGAUAAAUUACAUAAAUUCCAACAUCCAAACAUGUGCGCGCGAUUCAAGAUCUCUACCUUCUUUACAAUAGUUCGUUUUGUGCAGCCACUCGUUAAAACUGACCUUCCUUCCUUACGGAUAUCGUUUCUUCCUUAGUUUGCGACGCUUAACGCAAGGAAAGACAGACUCCACAGGAAAUCGUAGCAGAUGGAAGUACGUUGACUAGAGAGAUAGAGGCCAUUUGCAGUAGGAGAACAAGGGCUACCCUAGGCCAACAAACAAGCGUAAAAGAAUAUGAAAAGUGGUGUAUGAAUUCCAAUUUGUGCAACAAAAUUCCGAUGCUGUGCGGGGAAACAGAUAGUAGAAAAAGAAGUAUACAAAACAAUUGCAUUUCAUAAGAUCCUUGGUUAAGAGCACGCCGGGAAAUGAAUGUUAUAUUAACAUUAGGAGCCCCAAAUCUCCAUCGAUUUUCCGCGAUGGCAGAAAAAGGGUAGAUGAAAUCUUCCUGCACGUAAGAAAACGGCAGAAUCCACAAUCCACACACAUACACAAACGAAAAAACAUGUAACACUCGAGGCAUUAAAAUGAAAACUUAACAAAACUGACAUGAAGCGGGUCUUUUCCUUUUUCCUAUUUGCAAAAAUUGUUUCCUACCUAAAAAUCGGUCCUAACAUUCCUUCGGAAAAGUAUUUCUCAUAACUUCGUGUUGCUACCCUCGAAACAUCUUCCACAUUAAAAUGAUUUGUUUUAUUCGCGAGAGCCGGUCAGGACGAAUUGCUAUUACAACGCAUAGUAAUAAUAAUGAAAAAGCUGUUAGAGCUCAUUAAUAAUUUUCGUUUAUUAGGAUAAACACAGCUGACGCUUUGUAAAACGGGAUUAAACCAGUGGUAAGUUGGAAAUAAAGUAAUUAGUACCGGAAUAUAUGAGAACGUA